AUGGAUGUGCAACAACAACAAGAGCCGCGAAUUAGCCAGUUACUACCGUCAAUAAAAUGUUCUGAUUGUGGUGAAACUGUAGAAUUUCGAAUGUUAGGUGAACACAUUUGUCAGGCUGCUCCUGAUGUUCCCGCCUUACCUCUUGCGUACCAAAAAUCUGCCACAAAUAAACCACCUCCCUCUACGAGACCAGGCGAACCACCGAUGCCUAGAUCAAUCCCUAAACCAUUAUCUGUGCCUGGCAGUGGUCAUGGUUCACCGUAUGAUCUUAAUCCCUCACCUACAGAUUCCGGUUAUUCUGGGUAUUCGGGCAGUAAUUAUGCUUCACCACCUCCACUUACACCGGGUUCUAAAGGAACAAAAAAUUUUUUACAAAAAUAUUCGCAGAUGACUGGUAAACAAUUCAAUUCACCGACACAGUCCCCUAGAAGCGCUCCAACAACACCUUCAGCUAUAGACAACGACCAAGAAUAUUAUGACAAGCGAUUCGAUAGACCACAUGUCAAUAAUGGUAAUGGUAAUAGCUUUGAUAAAUAUACAUCUUCCCCUAAUGCAUAUGAUAAUAAAUUUAUGCAACCAAACAAGCCAUAUGGACAAGGUUAUCCAGUUGAUCGUGAAAUACCUGAUCCAAGGAAACCAUCCAAUUAUGAUAGACCUUUUGAUAAUGGAUACAAACAGCCACAACCUUUUAAUGAUAAUGGUAACCGUUAUAUGGACGACCCCUAUCGAUUGGGUAAACCUAGGAUUCCUAAUGAUCAAAGGCCCGAUGAUCGUAUGAUACGAAAUCAAAAACCUAGUGGUUAUAUUAACGGGGAAGGUUCUCGUAGCAGAAGUCGAUCUCCUGCAGCUAUUGAUCGACCCAAUUAUCCACCACCACCACAAUUACCUCCACCUAACCAGCUAUAUGGACAAUCACCAUACGGUUAUGAAGGUUAUGACAGCUCUAGGAUGCCGCCUCGUAACCUUUCACAGGAGAAACAACCACCACGACAACCACAACCUUUUUCAAACCCAAAUUCAUAUGCGCCACCACCAUUGCAAAAUAAUAAGGUUUAUAACGAUGUUUCAUAUCCUUCCGUGGAAUCUAGUGCUUUUGGACAAGAAGAAGAAGGUUUUGAUUAUUUGAUGAAUGAUUUAAUGAGGGAGAUGGAAAAUAUGCAAACAUCAUCGACUAAUUACGAUGACCAAAAGAGUAUCAACUCAUCAUCCGGUGGUGGCACACGGGAUAUUUGUGCUUAUUGUUCAUCGUCGUCUACAUUGUGGGCACUCGGUAAAACAUGGCAUUCCAAUCACCUCCUCUGUGGUCACUGUCGCCAACCAAUUGACCCAAAUGUAGGACAUGUAGAAAGAGAUGGCAAUGUAUAUUGUCCAAGAGACUUCACAGAUUUAUUCUUACCAAAGUGUAGAAGAUGUAAUUUACCGGUAGAAAAGGAAGCUGUUAGUGCUAGUGAUGGAAAGCUUGAAGGGAAAUGGCAUGUAAAAUGCUUCGGAUGUCAUACAUGCUACAAACCUUUCCCAGACAAGUCAUUCUAUGUCUUCAAUAAUGCACCAUAUUGUAAACGUCAUUAUCACAGAUUAAAUAAUUCUCUCUGUAAAACCUGUGAUGAGCCCAUCGAAGGUCCUUGUGCGCAAACAGUUGAGGGAUGGAGAUAUCAUCCACGUUGCUUUGUUUGUUUCGUACACAACUGCAAUACCCCCCUUACAGAUAUCUAUUACAGUUUUGAAAACAAGCAAUAUUGCGAGAUGCAUAUUAUGGAAAUUCAACGAAGGCGUAAAAUUCAGGCAGAAAAACGUCAAACAAUGUUCCGGAACAUUUAA